GAAGAAGAAGGCACGUCCUCCAAGUUCCAUCCACGCCAGUCCCUCUUUCCCCUUCACGCCCACCCUCCAACAGGCCAUUGCUUCCCUUAUCCUCGCCUUGUCUUCUUCCCCAUCUCUCGUUGCUUUUCCCUCGUACCGUUGGCCCUUCUCCUCCAGGCCUGGGUUGUCGUUUGUCUUUAUUUACUCCCGCUGUUUAGCUCUGUUUAAUUGAGUUCCAACUCACCCCUUUAUCAUCAUGUCCUCCACCGAGACUGCCUCCCCCAUUGGCAUUGCCAACCUCCCCAACCAGCGGCACAAGAUUGUCGCCAAGCGGGGUGCGGCCUUCACUAUCAUGGUCGCUGGUGAAUCCGGCUUGGGAAAGACCACCUUUAUCAACACCCUGUUCUCCACCACCAUCAAGAACUACGCCGACCACAAGCGCCGUCAUCAGAAGCAGAUUGACCGCACUGUCGAGAUUGAGAUCACCAAGGCUGAGCUGGAGGAGAAGUUCUUCAAAGUCCGCCUGACCGUCAUUGAUACACCCGGAUUCGGAGACUAUGUCAACAACCGUGACUCUUGGCAACCGAUCAUUGAGUUCCUCGACGACCAGCAUGAGUCGUACAUGUUGCAAGAGCAGCAGCCUCGCCGUACGGACAAGAUCGAUAUGCGUGUGCAUGCCUGCCUGUACUUCAUCCGCCCCACCGGACACACCCUGAAGCCCCUCGACAUUGAGGUCAUGAAGCGCUUGAGCUCCCGUGUCAACCUUAUCCCCGUCGUUGCCAAGGCCGAUACCCUCAGCCCCUCGGACCUGGCCGUUUACAAGCAGAGAAUUCGUGCUGUUAUCGAGGCCCAGGGCAUCAAGAUCUACACCCCCCCUGUCGAGGAGGACGAUGAGCAUGCCGCCGCUCACGCGCGCACCCUCACGGCUGCCAUGCCUUUCGCUGUUAUCGGAUCCGAGAAGGACGUCAAGACCACCGACAACCGGGUCGUCAAGGGUCGUCAAUACGCUUGGGGUGUUGCCGAAGUUGAGAACGAGGACCACUGCGAUUUCAAGAAGCUUCGCUCGAUCCUAAUCCGCACCCACAUGCUCGACCUUAUCCACACUACCGAAGAGCAGCACUACGAGGCCUACCGCGCACAGCAGAUGGAAACCCGCAAAUUCGGCGAGGCCCGCCCCAGGAAGCUGGACAACCCCAAGUUCAAGGAAGAAGAGGAGAACCUGCGCAAGCGUUUCACCGAGCAGGUCAAGGUCGAGGAGCAGCGGUUCCGCCAGUGGGAGCAGAAGCUCAUUGCAGAGAGGGAUCGCCUCAACAAGGAUCUGGAGGCCACCCAUGCUGCAAUCAAAUCGCUCGAGCAGGAGAUCGAGGGGCUGCAGGGCUCUUCUACUCGCAGCCAUGGACGUCGUUAAGAUACCAGAGGACCACCGGACACGACCGUGGGCCUGUAACGGACUGUGGAAAAAGCAGAAGAAAUGUGCUUUCGUCUCGACUAAUAUCUUUACAUCUGACUACCCCUUUAAAUGUUUUCCUUUCCUUUUGAUUUUCGGAUUUUGCGCGCUCAGGGGGACCAUGCAACCUGGGUAGAGAUUGACGCCCAGAGUUGUCUGGUGAUUUUGCUCUUCUGAUUUGCCUGCUGGUAACUAGCGAUGGUUUGACUACAUCUUCGAUAAUAACCCACUUGUACUCCGUAGCAUGUCAAUACAGAUUUAAUUAUGUGCAUGUGCUGCAGAGAAAU